CCCCAGCUUGGGGUUCGAUCUUACGCGAACCUGUCGCAAUACAAUUUGUUCUCGAGCCCGCGCCUUCACCCGUUGGGAAGCGCGCUUCAAGUCUACCCAGCAUGGAGUUUAUGGCGAAUCUCCAGGGCGGCGUCGACGAGCUGAAGCCGUCCCUGUUCGAGCUGCUGUCAGAACAGCAACUCUCCUCGUUGCUGCCACCCUCAUUACGAUAUGUUCUCGCCGUCGCGACGCACCGUCAUCCUCGCUACCUCCUUCGUGUCCUCAAUUCCUUCGACGAGCUGUACGCCCUGCUCAUGCUUGUGGUCGAGCGCUACUACCUGAAAACGUACGGGGGCUCCUUUACGGAGAACUUCUACGGCCUUAAGCGCGAACGCGUGCUGAGGGUGAAGGGAGGUGAGAUACCCCGGGCUCAACUCGGCGCCGCGUCGCAAGUUCGCGAGACGCUCAAGCUGCGCAAUAGCGAUGUGUGGCGCAACCUUGCCGUGCUGGUCGGCUUGCCGUACAUCAAGCGGAAGCUAGACGAGAGCUACGACAUUCACGCUGCUCAUUCGUCGGUGCUGGGGCCCCGGUUUCAGCAGGAGCAGCUGCCGAACAACGCGAGCCUCAAACAACGGUUCAUGUACUACUACAAGUGGUUCCUGCGGAAGGUGUACCCUAGCGUCAACGCGGCGUACUACUUUGCCCUGCUCUCCUUCAACCUUGCCUACUUGUUCGACUCUUCCAAGUACGACUCGCCGUUCCAUUGGCUUAUCGGCACCAGGAUACGGAGGAUGGGCGAAGCAGAUCACCGAGCCAUCGCCGCCGCCACGCAAUCGGCGAAGUUGCCCGCGGCCCGCCCGGGACAGUCCAACAGCAUCUUCAGCAGGCGCACUAUAACGCAUGUCGUCGGACCGAAGCUUCUCGGCUCGCUACGCUUCCUGCUUCCCAUGUCCAUUUUCGCCUUGAAGUUCCUGGAGUGGUGGCAUGCUUCCGACUUUGCGCGACAGCUGUCCCGUAAGGCUGCUGAGAACCUCGAACUGCCGCCGCCGAUUAUAGCUGGCCUGCUCGGCCCGGCGGCCAAGAAGACCGCUGCCGACGCCGAGAAGUCAGCGCCGGAGCCCACGAAACCGUCGCCGCCAAUAUCGUCGACUACCCUGCUCCCUAUAUUCACCGUCCCGGCACCAUCUGCCGAGACUUCUGCGUCGUGUCCUGUCUGCUGUAAUGAGAUUGUCAAUCCAACCGCCGCACCCUCGGGAUACGUCUACUGCUAUUCGUGUAUCCACCGGUGGGUGGAAGGUACCCACGACAGACAGGAGGCAUUCAUGAACGGCGUUGGCGGCGAUGAGGGUUGGGCUGAUGAGGAGACUGGCGGAGCUAGCAGGGAAGGAAGGUGGGAGAGUGGCAAGGGGAGAGAUCCUGUCACGGGACGAAGGAUACUAGGAGGAACCGAACUGCUUAGACGUGUGAUCAUAUAAAAACGAACGUUGGAAACGAACUGCGAGAUCACGACACACACAUAACCACAUAUUUCGCUGCUUCUCCUCGUCUUACCUCUCCUGCUUCUUAGUCGGCACGUUCAUUGUUUGCUUCCAAAAGCUCGUGGUAGCGUCGACGAUGUUUGCUCGUUGCAGUCAUUAUGCCACCCUCUGGCCAUUUUGGACGGUUUGUGCACAACGUAGUGCACGGCCUUGUUGAUCAUAUUAGGCAUCCAGGGGCUGAAAAGUUUGAGCUGGAAGUCCUACACUGCAUUAACAAGCGGCUUUAGCAACGCACCGGAAAAGAUGUGCUUCGGGACACAUGCACAAUCUGUUAUCUUGCUGUUUACGGAAGACGCUGAGGAAAACUGAGUCAGCAUCGCUACUAUUGCAAACUUGUUCUGCUGCCAUCAACAUUUGCGAAUCGGUAACGACAUAUCUACUCCUGGAUUUCAUUGUUCGUCUCUUACCCCCACCCCUCUACGAUGUAGGAGUUGCAAAUCAGAUCUGGCGGUCUACGACGCUUCGAACGAGAUGGAUAGACGUAAGAGAGAAGACAGGCUAUAUCGACGUCAAAUAUCAUCUUGGCACUCUAAAAAUGCUUAUUUUUUUUUCUUU